AUGCUGGCACGUGCUGGAGCCAGUGAACCGAGCCGAGCCGACACGCGCGCGAAGCUGCAUCAAGAUUCGAUGCGGAAAAUAACGGUUUCGAGGGAAACCAAACCACAGUCGUCUGAUCCUCUUUCUCUCUCUGCCAAUUGUGAUACUUGUACUUGUGCUCUACGAGUAAUUAUUGUUGUUUCCAUGGCUGCUGAUCAGAGGAGAAAGCGAGUGAAUGGUGUAAACAUCUCUGGUUAUGGUUCUAGAGAUCAACAAAGGAUCAAAAGGAAGAAUUUGGGAUUAGUUCAAAAUGAUUUAAACAUGAGAUCUCACAUAUCUGUUGAGUGGGAUGAUAAUCAGAAUAAAGUUGUUGCUAAGAGGGAACAGGUUGGCAUCAGUUGGAGACAAGCAAAACCAUUUAUCAAUGCUGUUGCUAAUGGUCACAAACUCUUGGCAGAUGUGUUUAUAGUGCCUCAAGAAAUUUUUGACUUGGAUAAUUUGAGUGAUGUGCUUUCAUAUGAUGUUUGGAAGACCCAUCUAUCAGAAAAUGAGAGAAACCUUCUAAUGAAUUUUCUUCCUAGUGGCUUUGAGCCGCAUCAAGUUGUGGAAGAUUUACUUGCUGGGAUUAACUUUAACUUUGGAAACCCCUUCUCGAAAUGGCAAGAUCUCUUUCUUUGUGAUCUUCAUCCAGAUAUGAUUGUUUACCGGGAACAACAUCUUAAAUCUGAGAAGAGAGAAUAUUACUCGCACAUACAUAAUUAUCACAAUGAUAUGAUAGGAUUUCUGUCUAAGUUAAAGAAGAGCUGGCAAAGCUGUAAAGAUCCAGAAAAGGAGAUUGUGCAAAAGAUAUGGAGGUCAAAGCAUGUGGAGAAAAGAAUGCCCUCAAAAGUGAUUGAAUCCAGAGUUUAUGAUCAUGAUGGGAAUGUUACAGGGACAUCGGAGUCAUGUUCAUGGGACGCAGAGGAUAAAGCAUGUAGUAGUGACAACCAAAUUUCCUCACUUAGAAAAGAUGACAAACUUCAAAGAAGGGUGCUUGAAAAAGGCAUUGUUAAAGGUAAGUCCAGAAAUUUGAUGGAUUCUUUGGACAUUAUGCCUAAUGUGGGAGAAAAGCCCAAGACAGGAGACAAACAGCCCAAACGUAGCAGUCAUUCUAGUGAUGGAGACAAAUACAUGUCAUGUAUCAAGAUUAGUAGGCAGCAGCAUGAACUUGUUAAGAAUAUGAAGCAGCCUGGUAAAAGCAUUCAAUCUAGGUCCCUUAAUCGUGUGUUGGGUAACCUUGAAAAAAUUCAUGUACAACCAUACACUAUAUUUGUCAAAGAAGAACAGAAGAAAUUGCGGGACCAUUGGUUAGAAGAGGAUGAUGAUGUCAACUCAGGGAGUGAACUUAAGGAUCAGGACGAUAUGAAUUCAGGGAGUGAACUUCAAGAUCAGGUUAAGAACAACAUUAACUCAGGGAGUGAACUUCAGGAUCAGGACGAGGACAACAUUAACUCAGGGAGUGAACUUCAGGAUCAGGACGAGGACAACAUUAACUCGGGGAGUGAAAUUCAGGAUGAGGAUAGCAUUAGUUCAGGAGGCAAGCUAACGGAUCAGAAUGAGGAUAAUGUUAGUUCAGGCGGUGAGCUUCAGGAUCAGAAUGAGGAUAAUGUGAGUUCAGGGACUGAGUUUCGAGAUCAGGGUGAGGAUAAUAUAAACUCAGGUGAUGAGCUUCAGGAUCAGAUCAAGGAUGAAGGUAUAAAUGAUCAGUCUGACUUGAAAGAUGAAGAGGAUUCUAUUUCUAGGUCCCCCGAGAACCAGUCUCUGCACAAUUCUUAUGUUGGUGGUGAUGAGUUCAACCCAAUGAGCGUGGAUUCAGAAAAAAAUCUUCUUUUAUCAAAAUCAAAUGAUACUUCACCGAAUAAAGAUGAGUAUUCAAGGAAUAUGAACACCAGGGAUGUUUCCAUUGAUGAAGGAGCACCUUUCACUUCCAAUGAUGUCUGGCAAGGAGUUGAAAUGCCACAUCCAUACUAUGAUUCUGCAGUGACCCAUGAGUACACAGCCAAUGGGGGGUUAUCACUGGCUAAUCCUCAAGUCAGUGAAGAGCAGCAAACUCGUAUGAUUGAUCUUGAAGCUGAUUUAAGUCAAGAGACAGGGAAAGAAUUGUUAGGCAGGCAACUAGAUGAUGGGACCUUCAGUCCUUACCAAAUCCAGGAUCGAAGUGUCUUACUUCAAUCUCUCUUCAAAGGAGAGGGGCUGUUACCUUAUCAUCAUGAACAGAAAGGAGCUGAUUUAGAUUUCCAGACUUCUAACAGUGUUAUGAUGGGUGAUGGUCAAUUUUCCAGUCAUUUCAAGGAGCCCUUGCAAACGUCACUGACAAUGGACCAGGGGCGAAGGAGAGCUACAGAGGUUUUCAUGCCAGAAAACAUGUCAGAUAAUAUUUAUUCUGAUGGAGGAAGGUACUCAAUCCCCAGGCAAGAACAACUAAUCCCCAGGCAAGAUCCAUUGGCUGCAGUAAAUAUGACUGAUUGGGCUACUAGUAAUGGUCGCAUAGCAGGGCCUUCCCAGUCUCACUUAAAUACUGGAGAUUUUAUUGGUCAUCAUUGGUUUCCUGCCGAUCCUCAAAUUCGUGGUGGCUGGAAUGGAUCUGACAGUGGUAGUCUGUCAAGUCAAAGUCUUGGCACUGGAGCAAGCUCUGAUCAGAGUUUAUUUAGUAUUCUGUCAGAGUGUAACCAAUUACGUUCAGGUAGCCCCUAUGAUUCAGUUAGAAAUACUGACCAGUUUCUUGCACACAGAACUUAUGGAUUAGUAGAUGCAGGUACAACAAGGGUGAACACAAUUGCACCUCCGGCUUCUCAUUCAUUAGAUUACUUCACCGGACGUGAAGCACCUAGUGGUCUGGUGCCUGAUGAUAUGACAUGGAUGAGCUUGCCACAUCAGAAUUCAUCAUUACAUGAUCAAAUGGGAAAGCCAUACCUAAGGUCAUGGAAUCGCUAG